CAACGGCUUCAUGUGUCAACAUUGGAAGCGGGUUAUGGUGUUUUCGUUAACUUUUUCAAAUUGUUUCGCAUCAUGCGGUUUGGACGAAGUAAAAAGAUGUGCAUCCUCUGACUGCUGCUAAACUCCUAAAUCGCGGAUCGCAAAAUGCGGACGUUACCCAAAUGGGUUGACAAAAUUCAAGACAGCGACAAAAUCGGGCAAAGCAUCUACGACCUAUGCUUCAACCGUGACGGUACCCAGCUGAUAGUCGCCGGUGGCAACCACGUCCUGGUGUACGACACCUCCGACGGGUCGCUCGUCCAACUCCUCAAAGGUCACAAGGACAAGGUGCACGCGGUUUCGUACGCGAGAAACGGUGAAAAAUUCGCAAGCGGGAGCGCCGAUAAAACUGUCAUCAUCUGGUCUAACAAACUUGAGGGACUUCUAAAGUACAGCCAUGCUGAUUCCGUGCAGUGUGUCAGCUUCAACCCGGUAUCGCACCAGCUGGCUUCAUGUUCCCUGAGCGAUUUCGCAUUCUGGAGCAGCGACCAGAAAGCCGUCCAGAAGCACAAGACCAACGCUAGGAUAAACGCUUGCUCGUGGACAAACGACGGUCAAUAUUUGGCACUGGGGUUGGCCAACGGCGCCGUCUCAAUCAGGAACAAACUGGGCGAGGAGAAGACGAAAAUCGAAAGACCAAACGCAGCGUCCGUAUGGGCUGUGGCGUGGAGCACUUUUAAAGACGAAACAUCGGACACUCUCUGCGUCACCGAUUGGUCCAAGACGAUGUCGUUUUACACGUUGGGCGGUAAACAAGUCGGUAAAGAACGACAGCUGGGCUUCGAGGCGUUGAAAGUAAAGUACGUCCGUGACGGAGAGUAUAUCCUGAUCGCCGGCCUGAACAAGUGCUGCAAGCUAUACACGAGGGAGGGUAUCAAGCUGGGGACGAUCGGUGACCAGCAGAACUCAUGGAUUUGGUCGUGCGAAGCGGAUCCGACCGGGAACUUUGUGGCGAUUGGGUGCGAAGACGGCACGAUCGCGUUCUAUCAACUCGUGUUCAAUAUGGUGCACGGACUGCACCGCGAACGCUACGCGUACCGCGAAAACAUGACCGACAUCAUCAUCCAGCACCUGAUCACCGAGCAGAAGGUGCGCAUCAAAUGCCGCGACCUGAUAAAAAAAAUCGCCAUAUACACGGACCGGCUGGCAGUUCAAUUGCCCGAGCGUAUCAUCAUCUACGAACUUUUCUCCAAAGACACCAAUGACAUGCACUACAGGGCGCGCGAAAAAAUCAACCGCAAGCUCGACUGCAGUCUGCUGGUCGUCUGCAGCGGUCACCUCAUUGUCUGCCAAGAGAGGACGUUGCAAAGCGUCCUCUUCACCGGCGAGAAAGAGAAAGAGUGGACAUUCGACAGCCCGAUCCGUUACAUCAAGAAUGUCGGAGGGCCGGCCGGCAAAGAAGGCCUUAUGCUCGGCCUCAAAAACGGCCAGGUGUGGGAGGUGCAUCUCGAUAACGUCCAUCCGCUGCUCAAGGUCGCGAUCAACGACGGCGUCCGCUGCCUCGACCUCAACCGCGACAGGGGGCGGAUCGCCGUGGUCGACGAGUCGGGUCUCUGUCAGGUGUUUGACUCGAAAACCGGGCAGCUCUGUUUCCAGGAGGCGAACGCGAACAGCGUCGCCUUCAACGACCUCCACGACGAUAUGCUCGCGUACAGUGGCAACGGGCAACUGGCCAUCAAGGUGACAGAUUUCCCGGCGCAGGCGCAGAAAAUGCCCGGCUUCGUGGUCGGUCUCUCGGGCUCUAGGGUGUUUUGCCUCAAUGGCACCACGAUGAACGCUACCGACUUGCCUCUAAGCGCUCCCAUGUACCAAUUCGUCGAGAGGCGCAUGUACGACGAAGCGUACAAAAUCGCGUGCCUCGGCGUAACCGACGGCGAUUGGGAGGAGCUCGCGCACUCCGCGCUCGAGCACUUCGACCUCGAAAUCGCCCGUCUCGCCUUCGUCAAACUCCAAGACUUUAACUACCUGGAGCUGAUCGAGGAACUGAAGGAACGGCGUCAGAAGGGUGAGCUGGCACGCGACGUCGCCUUAGGGGACGUAUACGCUGCCAAAGGCAAGCUCAAGGAGGCGUCGCGACUCUAUCAAAAGUCGGGACACGGCGCGAAAGCGCUCACCAUGUACACCGAUCUGCGCAUGUUCGACGAAGCUCGCGAGUUCCUCGGCUCCGGCGACGACGACGAUUUGGUGCGUCGCAAGGCCGACUGGGCGCGCAACAUCAACGAGCAUCGCGCGGCCGCCGAUAUGUAUUUGUCAGUCGGCGACGUCGCCGCCGCCGUCGACAUCUACGCGGAGAAGGGUUGGGCGGAUCAGCUGGUCGAACUGGGUCGUCGUCUCGAUAAGUCGGAACGACAGCAUUUGGAGGCGAUCGCGCGCCAUCUGCGCAGACUCGAACGGCCUCGAUCCGCGGCCGAGAUCUACCGCAGACUGGGCGAUUCCGAGGCGGUUCUCCGACUCCACGUGGAGGCGAAGGAAUGGGCGCAGGCGUUCGAGGUGGUGCGCGACCAGCCGAAGUACAACGCGGUAGUGUACGUGCCGUACGCCCGCUGGUUGGCCGAGAACGAUCGAUUCGUGGCCGCACAGAGGGCGUACCACAAGGCGGGCGAGUGGGCGGAGGCUUUGAACGUGUUCAGGCAGCUGACGGCGAACGCGGUGUCCGAGUGCCGGUUCUCGGACGCCGGUUUCUACCAUUGGGUCACGUGUAGGCAGUGGUUGGACCUGGCUCGCGGCGACGUGGAGAAACGGAAGAGGUAUCUCGAGCGGUACGAAGAGAGCGAAAGAUUGGCUAGGGUUUACUACGCAUACGACGUCGUCCAUAAGUAUUUAGAGGAGCCGUUCACAUCGUACAUGCCCGAGGCGCUGUUCAACGUCGCGCGCUAUUUGGCGGCCGAAACGCGCGACGCCCCUCCCGCCGUGGGCGUGUCUCCUUUCGCCGUUCACUUCGCGCUCGCAAAACAAGCCCGCAAGCUUGGCGCCAACAAGCUCGCCAAGCAAACGUACGACAAGCUGAGAGCGUACCGGGUACCGGCCAAGUUUCGCGAGCAGGUCGACGUCGCGUCGAUAGCGUCGCGUGCUCGUCCCCACCACGACCCAGAGGACCUGCUGCCUAUGUGUUACCGUUGCUCCGCCUACAACCCGCCCCUGAGUCCGAGAAACGCGUGCGUCAACUGCGGCCAUGCCUUCGUCUACUCGUUUGUAGGUUUCGAGGCGUUGCCGCUCGUCGAGUUCGAGCCGGCAGAGGGCGUAUCCGACACGGAGGCGAUCCGACUGAUUGACACGCCCCCCGAAUCGAAACGAGGCGGUCGCCGCGUCGCCGACGCCGACGACGACCGGAGUCAAAUGCUCGAGUUGACGCAAGACGCCGACGACGACGACCCGUUCUUGUUCCGGUACGACGCGACUGACAAACCCCGCCCCCUGGUCGCGCUAACCCGAAAACAGCUAGCGUCGCUAGACGGAGCGGACGUGCUGGUGUGCGAGCGGCCGGAACCUCUACGAUUUCGAUUCUUUAAGAACGUAAUGGCGGAAAUCCACGUGAAGAUGUGUCGGUCAUGCUUUAGCGCAUUCCACGCGGACGACCUGGAGUUGCGCGCGCUGCAGAACCACGGACGAUGUCCGUUUUGCAGAGGGGACCCGGUUAACGCGCGCCGUCACGGCGACGACGACGACGACACCUUGACGAACGAACCGGAAUCGAUUUAAGUCCGCGGCGUUUUGGCGUUUUUGUGGAAAUAGUAACUGGAUAAAAAGUACAUGUGAUUGGCGUUGAUAAUAAAAUGGUUAGUCGACGUU